AUGUCGCUUGACGAAGUGGUGUCAGAUGCGGAGGAAGAUUUUCUCGCGCGUGUUUCUGCCGAUGUCGCUGCUUUUGUGCAAGGCAAUGAGCGUAGCAGGGUUUUAGUAUUUCGCGCCUUCAACAGUCGCCUUCGUUACCUCGCACACCGAUGUUUGGCGGAGAAAUUCGACGGCAUUGUGACCCGUUCGUUCGGACGGGAUCCGGACCGGAUAUUAUGUGUUUGUUACGCCGACAAGUGCGUUACUACGGUUCGGAACGAUUUUGCUUACUCGAUGGUUCUACAGUUCCUUGGUUUGCAGGUUGGAAGAAGGCAGCUUAGCAAGCCGAUCACGUAUCGCCAUGGUAACCGAUCUCGCCGCCCGGACAAGAACGUUUAUAUACCUCGGAGACGACUGGAAAUGAUGUCAAAGCAGACCGACGAAAUCGCGAAUACCCUCCAAACGCUUUGCUUAGAACCCAGUCGAGACGUUGAAAACAUUUUCUGCGGAGACGACUUGCCUGGAACGCAUUCCUCGGACGAAAACAUAUCAUCGGACGUUGUAGAAGAAUUGCAGGAGAUGUUGGGAGUCGUGGAGGUUGUAUUAGCCAAGGAAGAUUACUCGCAAUUUGAGAAUGUUCUGCGCCCCACGGAGUACGAACACGUGUUGGAAAUUUACGACUUUCCGGCGGAGUACCGAGAACGUGACUUGAUAAAGUUGUUUUCGGAGUAUAGAGAAGCUAGUGGAUUCGAAAUCAAAUGGGUCUCUGACACUUCCGUUUUAGGCAUUUUUAGUUCAGUGGAGGCCGCUGAAAAAGCAUUACAGGCAGGGAGUGGUGUAUGUAAACUUCGCUCCUUGUCGGAAGGGUCCAAAGCUGCACUUCUCAAAGCGAGACGCGUCCAGUGUGGGCUGAUCCCAGCUUUGAAGCGACCACAGACGAAUUCUUCAUUUGCCCGACGAAUGAUCGGACAUGCAUUAGGGCAGAAAAUAUCUGUGGCUAGUGACAAAAUGAAAGCUGAACGGCAACAGUUGGAUGACGCGAAAGAGAAAAAACGCGCUCUUCGUCGCAGUAACGCUGAGCAGACGGAAACCUGACACCUGAAGUAGUGUCGGCAUCGGUGGAUUUAUGCGCUCUCUUGAAUGAUGUAGACAAGUUACCUAGUCCUGUUAUUCCCCUUUCUUUUGGAGUACGGUGUUAAUCUUUAUUUGUCAUUUCAUGCCUCUCUUUGCCCGAGGGAUUGAUCUCCAUACUCCGCAAUCGAGUGACCACCUUGACAUCCGCUUGUGUUUUUAUUUUGGAUUCAUCCGUACGGGUUGUUCGUGAGUGACGUUUCUCCGAAGGUUUUUUGCACUCUUUAUAUCGUUGGACAUGAUUGGGAUUAAACGUGAUGGUUGUUGUGUCUCAGGA